GUCAUCACGUCCUAUCCCCCAUCCCUCGUCACAUUCUCCCGCCCCUUUGCCCGCUUCGGCCUCUUCCCCGUCGGCGGGCGCAGUACAGCCAUACGACUCACUCAACCGCCCAACAGCGGCUCACUCUGGGUACUGGCCUCUACGCCCCUCGACGAUCCCACACGCGCCAAGAUUACCGAAAUGGGCGGCGAGGUGAAAUGGGUCGUGGCUGCGGAUAAUGUGCAUCACCUCUACGUCAGGGAGUGGAUGGAUGCGUACCCGCAGGCAAAGGCCAUUGGAGUCGAGGGACUCGACGCUAAGAGGAAGGACGUGAAAUGGGAGGGGCUUUACGGGCGCAAGGGGGAUGAGGGGAAGCGCUACGGGUUUGAAGAGGAGAUUGAGGCGCGAUAUUUUCCCACGUUUGCGAAUAAAGAUGUCGCCUUCCACCAUCGCUCCUCCUCAACCCUCAUCGUAGCAGACCUCCUCUUCAACCUCCCCGCAACCGAACAGCAUCUCGGCACCUCGUCGGGCAAGCCUUCAUCCCCCGUCCCCUUCCUGGCAUCCUUUGCAAAAUUCCUCCAGCCACAUCGCUCCCUCCAUGCGGGCUUCCUCUGGAUGGCGGGGGCAGCUGCUGGAGAGGGAGGUGCAAAGGAGAGGAGAAAGCAAUUCGCUAUGGAUGCAGAGGUUGUGGCUGGGUGGAGGGCGAGGAGGAUCGUGCCCUGUCACGGGGAUGUCAUCAACGAGCAGGGGUAUGAGACCUUCCUCGCUGCUUUCAAGAAG